AUUUUUAAGAAUUGUUUCAAAAGACGACAGGAAACCCACGUCUUGUCUCAUUUCCUGUUGGCCUACAUCACGAUUUCAGUCUGACUCAUUUAGCUAAACUAUGAGCACAUUCUACACAGAUGUGUUAAUAGUCUUAUGGUGAAAAACGUAAUUUGUGCAGUUUAAGAUGUGUUUUCUUCAACCUCAGCUGUGGCGUCUCCUCCUGAUGAUGAGUCUCGGAGGACUCUUUCAGACCGAUGUUUGUGCCGGCCAGCAUUUGGUAGAGAUGCAGGAGGGUCCAUUAUACCGUGUGAAAGGAUUUCCAAUGUCUAUCUCCUGUCAUGUUAGUGGCCUUAAACAUUCAAGAACUCAAGAUUUUGCUUUUUCAAUCUUUCAGUCAAAGAAGCCAGAGGUUCAAAUCCAAAUUAUUAGCACUUUUGACCAAUCUUAUGCUUAUGCAAUGUACUCUAAAAGAGUGCGGGAGAAAAAUAUUGUGAUUGAAAGGCAGUCAGAGACUUCAGUUAUUUUCCACAUUAAGUCUCUGGAAGCAGACGAUUCUGGAGAAUAUGAAUGUUACACUCCAAAUAGAGAUGGGGUGUAUUUCGGAACCUACAAUGCAAAAACAACAGUGAAUGUGAUUGAGGAUACUUUGUUGGCAUCAUACUCUGGACCUGCAUCUCUUAGCGUCUUUGUAGGUGAAUCCAUUCAGCUUGAAUGCCAUGUCUCCAGUCAGACCUUUCAACACACUCAUCUGUCUGUUACCUGGUAUCUGCGUGGUAGCACUGACACUCGACCUAUCAUCAGUUUGGAUCGAGAUUUAACUGUAAGGCCUGGAGCAGAGUAUGAGCACAGAUAUAAUUCUGGGUUCAUAACUAUGGAGAAGAUAGAAGACACCACUUACAGACUCAAGAUAACUCAGGUACAGCAGUCUGACAGUGGUGAGAUCUACUGCCAGGCUGACGAGUGGAUCCAGGACCUAGAUCGCUCUUGGAUGAGGAUUUGCUACAGAAAUUCUACAGGCUCAAACAUAGAGGUCAAAACUCUAGCUCAUGAAGAGGGAUCAUUUGUUACUCAAAUUCAGGUUCUGAAUGGGGCCCUUGAGGAAGGAGACAUGAUGGAGAUCCACUGCAGAUUAGAGGCUCAGAAUCUACCUGGAUAUUUGUUCUCCAUGACUUGGCUGAGAAACAACAUGAUUGUAGCUCAAAUUGAUCACAAUGGUGUGCAGACUGUAGAUGAUGCCUACAUGAAAAGAGAGAAAGAUGGUGAACUGAGAACUGUGAAGAAGAAAAAUACAAUCUUCAUUCUAACUAUCCAUCCAGUCAGGGUAGAAGAUCAAGGCAUCUAUCAGUGUAAAGCUGAACAAGUAGAGAAGCUAGGGACUGGGCCGUUCGAAAGAAAAAGCCAGCUAUCACACGAAGAAACUGUGCACAUCAGAACCAAAGAGAGUAGUUUGGCUGUGGUCAUGACAAAGCAGCUGGUUUCUGUGACUGAAGGGGAAACACUACAAAUCAUCUGCAGUGUCUCUGGAACCAAAGGCCUGCUGUCUGUGUCAUGGCAGCACAAAAAAUCCUCAGGCAGCUCUUUCAGCGAUGUUAUAACCCUGAGUCGUGAGGGGGUGAUGGGAGAUGUAGGGGCUCAGUAUCAGCACAGGGGUGUACGUACAUUUCGGUCUAAUGUUGCAGAUUUCAUUUUGCAGUUAAGUGGAGCUCUUCUUUCUGACAGUGGUGAAUAUAUGUGCACUGUGUCUGAGUGGAGUAUAGAGAGCAAUGGCAACCUGAAGAAAGUGAACAGCCAGUCACAGCAAGGCCAGAUUUCAGUUAAUUCUAUUGAAUCACUUGUAAAAGUGGGAUUGAAAAGUCGUGACACAUCUGUAACUGAGAACUCUACAAUAAAAAUGAUUUGCUCGGUAAAAGCACCUAAAAUUUCCUUAGCUGUGAGUUGGAUGUUUGAACUACAGAAUUCAACAGCUCAAAAAAACAUUAUAUGUAUGGAUCAUACUGGAAGCAUAUCCUGUGGAGGACAGCAGCAGGACUAUCAGGUAGAAACGCAAGUGCGAGAAUCGAGCACAGAUUUUAUUCUCAAGGUGUUGAGAGCAAGUAAGCGACAAGAGGGACGGUACAGGUGCCAGAUUGAUGCAUAUGACAAAAAUAUUCAGAAGACCAAGAAACUGUCUAAUUUACUGGCCGUCACUGUACACAGACCUGAUAGCAAGCUGUCUGUCUCCACCAGCCUUAGGUCUCCUCUGAAAAUCCAAGCCAAUAGUGAUGGAGUGAUUAAUUGCUUGGUGUCCACAGCAACUUCUGAUUCUUCUCGUUUUGAGGUAACAUGGACACGUGGCACCCAGACAUUGCUGAAAAUGGAACCAGAAGGAGUGGUCACUCUGGAAACAGAUGAAAGGAUCAGCAUAAUAAGGACUGAUAGAAAGACCUUCCAAUUGAGGAUACAACAGGUGAAGGCAACAGACAGCGGACACUACCGCUGUUCUGUACAGGAAUGGAUUCAAGAUCCCGAUGGCAUCUGGUAUGGUCUUGACACAAAGUCUGUCACCAGGGAACUAGUUGUAGUUGAAAAAGAAAGUGAUUUUAGCAUGGAUAAAUCUAAUGUUCAGCUGAAGGCCACAGAAGGCGAACAGGUGAAACUCAGCUGCUCCCUGGGGCCUGGUGUACUUGACCAUACAUUUCGUUACUCUCUGAGCUGGUUCUUCCAACAAGAUCAGAGUUCCUCCAUAAUUAAGCUACUUACCUACAGCCAUGAUGGGCGUCUUAUGUUCCAAGUAUCUGAUCCAGAUCUUCAACAUAGACUUUAUUUCUCCAGACCCACUUUUAGUGUCUUUCAUCUGUCCAUCUUGAAUUCCAUCCCAUCUGACAGUGGAAGUUAUUAUUGUGAAGUAGAUCAGUAUCAGUAUGAUUGCAAAAGCAAAUGGGAAAGGAAAGCGAGCGACAAAUCCGGGUUUUCCAAUGUCACUGUACAUUCUAUAGAGAGCAAGCUGCAUGUACACAAAUCUAGUCGCUUUCUCAACGUUACUGACAUUCAGACCGGCUUCAUGGUGGAGUGUGAGAUCAGCUCACGUUCUAGCGAGAAGUCUGUGCUUGAAGUAAUCUGGUCCAGGAGGCAGAGAGACAACCAGCCUCAAAAUAUUUUCACUGCGAGUCGAGAUGGAACUCUACACAGCACGAUCCUUGAUAGAACUCUGGUGUAUGACCGGCCCAGUACCACUUGCUACACACUCACUGUACCCAAUGUUGAUGCUUCUGAUAAUGGCCAGUACCAGUGUCAGGUUAUAGAAUGGCUACAGACAGCUGCUAACACCUGGAGGAAGGUGGCUGAAGACAAAUCAGGAGAAAUUUCUGUCAAUGUCCCUGUUAAAGCACCUAUAUAUGAACCAGGAUGGUCUUCUGGAGUACCACUGUACAUCCUCAUUGUUCUGAUUUUCUUCCUGCUUGCGAUUGUUGUAUUUCUGUGGAUUAAACUUAAAAAGAUCAAAUCUGCUUCAAAAAAACAGGAGAAAUCUCUGUGGGCUGAAAAUAUGCCACUUAGUGCUGUUACAGAAACAGCAGCAGGUAAAAUGGACGGUGACUAAAGCUGAAAAUCACAUUUUUACUGACUUUUAAGACUUUAAUGUGUCCAUACUAUGUUAUGCAGUAUGAGAAUUAAGAUCCUGAAACAUCUGCCUUAUAGAAUAUCAGUAUGAUGACCAUAGACAUGUUUUUAACUUUCAUAGUUUUAUUGAAUUACAGUACAUUCUUACUUAAACAUGGUCUGUUAAUUGCUAAGAUUCUGCUUUUUUUAAACCUUACAUCUGUGCAAACAUAAAACAUCAGUAUAAAAAGAGGAAGUUAGAUUUUGUGGUAAGAUGUGCAGAGUAAAGACUUGACACAGGACUUGUAGUUUUUGUUGCAGUGUAAGCAGUAGAUUAAACAUAUAGUGGGUAAAAACUUUCUUGAAUAGAAUGAGUAUCUGCUUUGGAUAAAUGAAGUUGAUGCAUUAAGUUGAUAGCUGGCAAACCUGUAUGUACCUGUUUCUCUUUGUAUGUUUUAAUGUCAGUUUGUGUAACAAAGAUGUGACCUUUUAAUGCUUUAUUUAAAUAUAGUUUAUUUAAACAUUAUAGUAGUUUAUUAUCUGACUUUUUUAAAGGUAUUUUUGAUAAUAAUAGCUCUUGUAAAUUGUAUUAGAAUUAAAACAUCUAGAAAGUAAAACAACAAACAACUUUUGUACAACUAACUGCCUCUGUGGUAAGAUGUUUAGUUAAGAAACAGGAAACACCAAAUAUGUCAAAAUGCAUUAGGAGAACCAUGAAUAGAUAUUCUUUAUCAUGUCAACUACAGAGUGUCAGAGACAAUGAUUUACAUAUAACACCACAACCCAGUGUCUGGCACCUGUCUGUCUGUCUGUGUCUCUGUCCGUCCUUUUAAUCUUACAUCAUUUCAUGGCCUUGUAAGUUCCCUGGUGAAAGUGUUAAAUGUUGCAAUACAUUUAAAAAUUCCUCUUUCUUUGUA